CUCUUCCGGAGACUCCCUGAACAAACGGGGAAGUGGCACGUCUAGUUCUCACUUUGGCGUAGGCCUUUUUAGAAGUACUCAUAGAAGUUGACUUCGAUAGCCUAAAAUUGCACUUAUAAAGAAACGAUUACCGAAAGUAUUCCACGUUAAAAUACAUUAAAAUUCAAGGCAGGUCAUUUUUUAAGUUUAAACAAUUCCUACGUUUAGCAGAGGAACAGUUUACAAAUUUGACAGAACCGACAAAUGGCGUCAGUUGAAUUGUCUGCGGAGUUGAGGAUCGUGCUGUUUAGUAGCAGAACGCCCUUACAGACCAUCGUCUCAAGCUGUAUCCUGGGACGGCAGGUGUUCAUGCCAGCUGAAUGUAGCCUUUCACAGGGUUUGAAGAAUCACGAGGAGACAGAGGGCAGAAAAGUAUCAGUGAUCACACCAAACUUCUUUGAGAAGGACCUUACACAGCAACAUAUCAGGAAGGAGCUGGAGGGAUAUGUGUGUCUGUCUUGCCCUGGACCCCAUGCUGUCCUAUUAAUCCUGGACUUGGAGGACAUCUCAGCAACUGGUGUCCGUAUUGUGGAAGACCUUACCAAGUACUUUGGUGACGACAUCUUAAAGUACACAAUUCUUCUUCUGUGCCAUGAGGGUAAGGAAGAAGAUUCAAGCUUGGAGGAUAGACUCCGGAAAGAUAGAAACUUCAGAGAGAUUUUGGACAAGUGUGGACACCAGUAUCAUCUGUUUAAUAAGAAUUCUAUGGAAGCUAAGCCUUUGCUGGAGAGAAUUGAGGGUUUGGUGGCUGAGAAUGGGGACAGAUACUUUACUGAUAACAAUUACGAGGUGACAGAAGAUAGCAUUAGAAAAGAGCAACCAGUUAUUGAGACGGAUAGAGUGAAAAAGAUAGAUAAAUGGCUUCGUAAGCUGCACUGCAUGUACCAGGGAGAGGAGAGGGAGAGAGACCAGUAUCUGAAGAGUGUCAGGGCUGACGGAGAAGAGGCUGAAAUGAUCAUUCAUGAACGCAGAUUUGCCGCUCAGGCUAUGGAUAAUGCAGCAGUAGUGAAUAAAGGCCUAGCUGUAAGGGUACUCGAAGGGGCAGUACUGGGGCCGAUGGGAGCUGUUGGGGGAGGAGUAAUAGGGGCAGUGCUGGGGGCAGUGGUAGCUUGGAAAUUAUGGAGACGUUAGAGGUGCUGCUACUGACAUUGCAAGAGAUUAAAAGCGGUGCAGAAUUAUACCGCAGUGCUGUGCUGUUUCUUUUUAAAAAAAUUAAUUAUCCAGAAUGAAGAAUUAGUUGAGUCACUGGCAAGCUAGAUCGAAAAGAAACUGAAAAUAAACUAGAAUUAAUGCAUCACCAAAGUAGACUUAAAAAACAUGACGACGUGAAAGAAAGGUUUUGGAUAGUUUUGGUAGGGAUUGUCUAUGUAUAGACCGUGUUACCGUGUAGUUCUCUAAAUGAGUAAAUUGAGUUUAUGGAAAUUAACUAAAUAACUAUUUUACAUGGUAAUGUGUUAUUGUAAGAUAUGAUGCCUUAGAGCUCUUUAUGCUUGAAAAUCACAUUGUACAUUGUGAGUUAGUGAAUUUUAUUACUGAACCAGCUAGAGCUGCAAGGAUUCGAAUAACGCGAUUACAAAAAAUCCUUGAUGCAAACUCCUUGCUUCAAUGCUUCAUUUAACCCACUCGACUAUGUACUGCCCAGUGAUCACCGUGUUUCACACGGAGGAUUAUUACUGUCGCACUGAAUUAGGGCUGCACGAUAACAGAAAAAACGAUUAUCACGAUUAUUUUGCUCAAAAUUUUUAUCACGAUUAAUAAUGACGAUUAUUCCUUUGUUAAUG